GCUUUCCUCUCUUUUCAUCAAAUAGGGAGAGAGAGAGAGAGAGGGAGAGAGAGUGAGGCAACGCUUUGAUAAAUGGCGGACGCCAAGCGAAGAUUGGGUUGGAAUUUGGGAAGGUUUUGAGGUCCGCUCCUUGGAGUGCUAGAAGAAACCGCGAGAUUUCUCCCCUUCUUUCAGAGAGAGAGAGAGAGAGGAAAUGGUGCGAUCGAGUACAAGCACUUGCUUUAAGCUCCUCGCCUGCGGCAGCGAUUCUGCUGCCGAUAACAACGAUCUCCCAAGGACUGAGAGCAAAUCGUCAACAGAUAAGCGCGGGUGGAGUUUCAGAAAAAGAUCUGCAAGGCAUCGAGUGCUAAGCAACACUGUGAUAUCAGAACCCCUAUCUACCAGCAAUAAAGAGAGCCCACCAACUUUCACCAAUGAGUGCCAUGCGCAGACCAAUUCCACUGUUCCUGGAAAAAUCUCUGCAUCGCAGCAAACUGAUGAGACCCCACAUCCAUUUACGUCAGCUGAAGUGAACUUGAAAGCAGCUGAUGCCCCACUUGCCAUUGAAAAUGCCAGUGAUAAGGAUUUUACCCUGCAGGAAUCUAUUGUCAUUGUGAUCCAGACUGCUAUCAGGGGAUAUUUGGCUCAGAGAGCACUCUGCAAGCUUAAGAAUGUUGUUAAGUUGCAAGCUGCUGUACGUGGGCUUUUGGUCAGGCGACAGGCUGUGGGAACUCUGCGUUGUGUUCAAGCCAUUGCAAAAAUGCAGGCCCUUGUGCGUGCCCGCCGUGUUCGUCUGUCGAUCGAAGGGUUAGCUAUACAGGACAAGCCUGAUGGAAAGCUGGAGACAGAUGAUCAGAGAGUGAAACCCUUGUUGAGGGAAAAUUCUGGCACCGAAACAAACCAAGCAUAUUAUUCAACCAAGAAGAUGCUUACCAAUGGAUUUGCUCGUCAGCUUUUGGAAUCAACACCAAAGAAGAAACCGAUCCGUAUCAAGUGUGAUCCUUCAAGACAUGAUUCGGCAUGGAACUGGUUGGAGAGGUGGAUGUCUGCAUCUUCUUCUGAUGUCUUGCAGCCACAGCAACCACAAUUAAGUCCAGAUAGUCAGGAACAAGGAGAAAACAAGAAGCUGGAUGCUUCUGAGGUUAGAGCUGUGGUUCAGGCCGAAAUUAUCUCCGGUUCUGCUGAUGUGAAAUCUGAUAUGAAAGAAACAGAAAUGCCUCUAGAGGGCGAAGAGAAUUUGAUCACUUACAAUGCAGAUGACUUUGAAUUCCAGGCUUAUAAGCCAACAUCCAUUUUAGAUAAAAGCUCAGGUUCAGCAAUGGAAGAAGAUAUGGAGCAGCAUCAGGUUGAGGAUGGAAGAUUGGGUGUAACACAAGAGAGCUUUACAAAGGUCAGGGAGGUUCUCAAAGAAACCCCUGAAUCUUCCUUGACUCAAGUAGCAGAAUCUGAUGCAACUUCGCAAACAGCGCUUCACACUGUUUCCGAUGAGCCUGAGGCCGACAGUGAGAACCCAAAGCGUGCUUUGAAAAGGGGGGCCUCUGAGCAACUAGAGACUGAAGGCAAGAAGUUUGCAUUUGUGACUAGAAAGUCAUCUAAUCCAGCAUUCGCUGCUGUCCAAUCAAAAUUUGAAGAGCUUAGCUCAACGGCCACUUCAAGCAAGCCAAUUGGAUCGACAUAUGAUGAAGCUGCAGUAGAAUCGAGAUUAUCGUCUCCACCAUCUCAGGUGGAUUCUGUCACAAAGAAAAUGGACAUUAGCAUGACAGAAGAUUCAAUAUCUCAUGAUCCAAAAAUUCAAAUCGGGGGUUCAGAAUGUGGCACUGAACUUUCUAUUUCUUCUACGCUUGACUCACCAGAUAGAUCUGAAGCUGAAGGUGGGGAAUUAGCACAUGAACGUGGAGCUGUAGAAAAAUGUAACUCUGAUCUGAAUGGCACUGCUGAUGGUGAAUUUAAUCGUGGAAAUUCGGAUGCUGAAGCCAAGAACAUUUCUUACACUUUGGAGACCCUGCCGAAUACAUCCAGCUCAGGCAUCGUUCAGCCAACUAAGCUAGAAGAGGUUAACCAAGACCCUAUUGAUUCAGUUGCAGUUGUGAACUUUAAACAGGUAAAGCAGGAGCCUUCAGAGCAGAUUGCAUCUGAUAUGCAUGUCCAGCUGGAAACUGUAACAGAACAACCUGCAGACAAUUUAUCUCCAGAAGGAUCUCCGAGAAGCCAUAUGACUGCUCCUGAAUCACAUGGAACCCCAUCGAGUCAGGUCUCAGUGAGUGCUAAAAGGGAUAAGUCUGAUACCAGCAAAUAUGGCCAAAAGAGGUCCAAGUCAGUAGGCAAAAGAUCCCUGUCAAAUCAGAACAAUGAUUCUGCUGUGAGAAGUAGCACAGAGCAUUUGCCAAAGGACUCAAAGAAUGGGAAGAGGCGCAACUCAUUUGACCAUGAGCCGAGGGUCAGUAGUAGCAACUCCCUUCCCAGUUAUAUGCAAGCCACAGAGUCUGCGAGGGCCAAGGCCCAUGCGAACAAUUCUCCCAAAUCGAGCCCAGAUGUGCUAGACAAGGACGUUUACAUGAAGAAGAGACAUUCCCUGCCAGUCACAAAUGGAAAGGAGGGCUCUCCUCGGAUGCAGCGGUCAAUGUCACAGGCACAACAGAAUGUGAAGAGGAAUGGCACACAUUCUCCUCAGAAUUCUGCAGAGAGAAAAUGGCAAAGGUGAUAGAUGCUAUUUAUCUGGCCAGGCUUGGGACUGACUUUUCACUACGCCGGAGAACACUGAUGUCGGGCUUCAGUUACAGGUAGCUGCAUUAAAAAUUUCGGGGAUUUUCCCGUUCUUGUUAUGUGAUUAUAAUGUAUGGCGUUUUUGAAAGAGGGGGCAGAAGAAAGGAAUACAGAAGAGAAUGGUGAUUUUAUGUACAUUAAUAGUGUAUGGAAGGUUCUGCCCUGUGUGUUUGUAUGCCGCUUUUCUAUGUUCAUUGGUGUGUGAUAUUUGUUUGAUUGGAGUUGUAUGACAUUUAUCUAAGGUUCUUUGGACUUCCUAUCUACAGAUGAUUCAGAAGCUGAGAAAGUUGUUAUGAUUGUAAUAAAUUGGAAACCUGGAACUUUUUUGCCA